UAGAAUCCCGUCCCUUGGAGCAGCGAUCAUGGCCACGGGCCAAGCUGCCAGAUCCACGAGGACAAUUGUCAUUGCUGGUGUCCCAGCUGGCCUCCUGCAGGAUGAUGUCAUGGCUGACAUCCUCACCAUCCACUUCCAAAAGUCCCGGAAUAACGGCGGGGAUGUGGAAGAGGUCACGUAUCCCACACGGAAUAAAGGAGUUGCCUACAUAACCUUUGAGGAUCCAGAAGUUGUGGAGAGUGUUCUGGAGAAGGAUCAGCAUCUCCUGCAGGACAAGAGGCUGCCCAGGCUCUACCCCCUGACCGUGACCCGCUACUGCCAGCAGGCCUUCCUCUGGGUCACAUCCACCCUCAGCAUGGCUGUUUUCAGAGAUCGCUUUGUUUUGGAGGAUUUGGUGGAAGAGAUGAAAAAGCAGAGCCCGGCUUUGGAUUUUGGACCUUUGGAGGCUGACGGGCGAAUCUCUGUGCAAGGAUCCUUUCCAGCACUCACAGGGCUGAGAGAAUUCCUCUUGUUGAAGGCAAAAUGCCUCUCAGAGGAGGACAAAAGAGAGGGAAAAUCCCAUCAGAGACUGAGGAGGAAGGCGCAGGAGCACAGAGGUGCCCUGGAGAUGAGGAAUUCCACUCGGGACGCACACAGGGAUAAACACGUGCUGGUUCUGGACACGGAUAUCUAUCACUACAUGAGGUGCUUCCACCCCGAAGCAUUCCAGGCCAACGAUGUUGUCAUUUCUGGUGUCACCGAGGGUGACAUCACCACGGUGUGCAUUGAGAGUGCUGGCAGGGGUUCCGGUGCUGCCCCCGCGUUAAGGGCCAAGAGGACCAUUGAGGAUUGCUCCGCAGAGCUCCAGCAGCUUUUAUGGAAGGAGAGGAUCUGCUUCCAGGAGCAGGGCAGGGGUGGGAAGCACAGGUACAGGCAGCUCUGCGAGAGGCUGGAGCCCCACUACCCUGGGGUGCUGCUCGUUCCUCACGACACCCACGUGGACGUUAUAGGAACUCCUGCAGAUGUUCUUGGGUUCAUAGAGGAUGUGAGGAAGCACUCCAGGUAGGAGUGAGUGCUCGUGUGGUUUGUUCUUCCCAGCCAGACUGUGCCCGUGCCCCUGUGGCUCCGGGGUGUCGCUUUGUCCCGCUCACAGGCUGGCAGCGCACGCGAGAUGCGUUUUUUUGGGAGAUUAUUUACCCCUCAAAUACCAAGUUAAGGCCUGAACAUGAAACCGACGAUCUCUGCGCUUAAGGAGCAAAGAAUUAAAACAUCUUCUAUCCAGGAAGAAACACAUUUCCCUUUUUAAUACCUCAGUGCGUUCUCAUCCCAACUUGUUGUCAAGGAGUACAUGAUGAGAAAAGAGAUUUUAUUUAUUUAUUUUUAUUAUUUUUUUUUUUUUUUAGCUGGGUGAGUUAACCUUGUGGGAAACAGUGCAGGGAAGUUGUGUGUGAGGUUCUGUGAGGAGGUGACCACAGCAGACAGGAAUGGGAACCUUUACCUGCACGGGGACCUUCUCCCCCUUCAGGUGCACAGGGAAGAGAGCUGGGGCUGGGCACAGCAAAAUGCACGUGGGAUGGACAGGCUUGAGAAAAAAUUCUUCCCUGGAGGAAAUGGACAAGUUUGUUAUCAUAGGAACAAUACAUUUUUUUUUGUUUUGUUUUGUUUUUCCCCAGCUGCAAAGGCCUCCGCAGCAUCUCUUGACAGCACGUUGUUUAGACGUGAAAGUGUGUCCAGAAAUUUGAUGGGAAAAUUUGGGAGCAUUCAGGCUUUGGGAUCAGAUUCUGUUUAUUCAAACCUGUUUCUAUAUCCAUUACAAGGGCACAAAGGGUUUAUUUAAAAAAAAAGAAUAAUUAGAAAAUAGCUUUUAUUUUGUGAUAUGUGUGUGUUUAGAAUAAUUUUUCAAAACAUCCAGAGCACCAGCUCUUCUGGCUGAUGUGCAGGGAAAGUUUUAGGGGUUUAUACCAUUAAAGAAAGGAGUUGUCCAAAAUGUGGUGUCUGUGUUGUUUUAACCAAAUCCCAGGUUUUUGGUUGGAAGCCCAAACCUGAAGCCCAGGAAAUGCUCGAGGCGUUUUCUUGUCAUGACUGAUUAUCCACUGCAACGAUGGCAGGGGAAGGAGCUAAAGCAGAUACUACAAAUGACACAGCAGCAAGCUGAUGGGCUGAAGUGCUUUGCUGAAUAUUUUGGGAUUUCAUCCUUUCUAAGUUCCCCCGUGCUCCUCUGCAGGUUCUCCAAGGGGUCUCAGGGAUGGGAAACUCUGGAGCUGUUUGGGGUCAUCCCCACACAGAUGGGAAGUUUUUCAACCUUGUCAAAGAGAAAAUCCUCUACAAAGGAUAAUCCUUUAAUGAAAUUAAAUUAAUGCUGUUUUCCAGUGUCCACAUUGAGCUCAUCUUUAUUUUUCUGAAGAGCCUUAUUUGUUUUUUUAUUUUUUAUUUUUUAAUUUUUUUUUUCCUGAUUCAGAGCUUUGGUAUUUCCUACUUUCUGGACUGGCAAGCUGGUGGCACUGGUGGCUGUGUGAGCCCUGCCUGCUGGCUGCUGGCUCAGGGUGGUUUUGGAGUCAUUUUUGGCACCAGCACAGCUGGCAGCAGCACUUGAGGUGUCCUUCAGGUCUGGUUUUCUGCCAAACAACUCCUUCUUACCCGACCCCAUUUGCGGUCACAACCUCAAAGCCUUGAAAUCCACAGCUGAAUAAAAUGUUCUUUUGGAA